AGUAUGAAUCAGACACUGUAAUAGAACAGUUGAAAAAUUGUUGAAACUCGCUUCGAGUUCAAAUUAAAUAUCAUUCGCGAGACGUGAGUGUGAAAUAGCGAAGAAAAAGUUAAAUAAACAUAAUAAAAAGAUUUUAUGUAAAAGAAAAACAUUGAAAAAGUUACAACAUGUGGUAUCUAGUAAAUUUACCGGGCAAUAAACUAAACAUUGCCGUGAAGACAGAAAAGAAUUCUAUAGCAGCCGAUUGCCUAAAUAAAGUUUGUUCCGAUCUUGGCAUUAUUUGUGAAACUGAUUACUUUGGAUUACUUUACGCUGAUCAGUCACAUGAUUCCCAUUAUCAGAAUGUGAAGCAAUGGAUAAACCUUCGAAAUCCUUUGGAUAAGCGUCAUAGAGGUGAAGGUCCAACAAUGUUAGAGUUAAGAGUUAAAUUUUGGGUUCCUUCUCAUCUUAUAUUGCAAGAAAGUGUUAGAGAAAUCUUCUACAUGCAAGCACGACAGAUGUUGAUUGAUGGUGAAAUAAAUCCUACAAAUUGGAUGCAAGCAGCACGAUUAAUUGCAUUGGUAUCUCAAGCUGAAGGUGUUAAAUUUUCACCCGAACUUCUAUCGGACACGUGCCAAAAAUUUAUUGAAAAUCUUAGUCUUCGAGUACAAAAAAUUAAAUGUAGUAAAAACUACAAAGAUAAACCAACCAAAAGAACUUUCGUAAUUGAAAUGAAAGCUGAUAAGAAUUGCGAUAACGAGUGUGAAAAUAGUCAUUUAGAGAAGUUAAUUAUGGAUAAUUAUGUGGAAAAUCUAAUUUUCCCAGACGAUAUUAAUAAAACAAACAGUAAUGACAAGAUAAUUAACAACGAAAUCUCAAACGAUUUUUUCGUUCAUGUUGCUCGUGAACAUCAGAAAAUUAACACAAUGACAACAUCGUCAGCCAAAUAUUGGCUCUUGGAAGAAUUUGCUACAUUGAAGAAGUUUGGCGAAGAGUUUUUUGAAGGAAUGCUAAUAUCAGAGACAAAUAGCAGCACGAAAACUUCUCAACCUUGUCACGACAUCAUACAAAUUGCUGUUUCCCCUCUAGGCUUAAACAUCAAAAAGGCAAACAAUGUUGAAAUAUUUCACAUCCCAUUUUCAGCUGUAGAAUCAGCAAAAUCACUUCGUCGUUGCUUUCAUCUUUGUUAUUUGGAUGAAAAUUUUGCUGUAACGAACUUCGUUGUGAAAUUUGCAUCGCAUCGUAUUGCAGGAACUUUGUACAGAUCGCUUACAGAAAAACAUGCAUUUUACAGCUGCGAAACAGUUCACAAAAAUGUAGAAACACAAUUUAUUCGUGACUUGAAGGGAACGAUAAUAUCGAUGUUCAAUGAAGACACGCAACUAGGAAAGAAAUAUGUGUUUGAUAUUCGUCUUACCUUUAGGGAACUUUAUGACAACUCAAGAAGAAUUUUGCACGCUCGUGGAGUUGAUUUAUUAUCAAAACCAAAUUAUCCUGAAGAGUCUGUGAAUACAACACAUGAAGCAGAAAGCAAAAGAAUUGACUUAACAUGCUCCAUAUGUAUGGAUAAUAAAAUUGAUACGUUGUUCUUGCCUUGUGCGCAUUUAUCAUGUUGUCGUAGCUGUGCUCAAAAGUGCGAAACUUGUCCUCUGUGUAGGAAUCCAAUAAAAUCAACAUCCGUAGUUUACUUCACUUAAGGAAACUUCAACUAAAGCUUUAAACUUUGAUUCUCUUCAAAGAAGAGAUAAGGAAUAUUUUAAGCAAUGCAAUUUAUAACAAAUAUGUGAUAAUUAUAUUAUGAUUAAAACUUUAAAAUAAUAAAUAAUAAUUCUAUGAUAAACGAGAA